GAGACGGUACCACCGGAGCGCUGGUGCGUGACCCGCAAGGACCUGAAGUUCCUUCGGGCAGACGUGAAGCGAGCCAUCGAAGAAAAUCGGAUACUGCCGCCCGGGAAUGGCCUCGACGACUUUCUUGAGGACUUGCAGAAUGGCCCCAACGUCUACACAGUGACGGCGCAGUACAUCAAGCCGGUGACCGCGCGCGCGGGCAAGAUGAGCUGGGCCUUGAUGAGGAACCCAGGUGGGCUGGACUGCCAUCUCUUCAUCAGCCACGCCUGGCAGGAGGGGAUUUUCGAGUUUAUCUCCAAGGCCUUGGCGUCCUGGCCUUGGCGGUCCCGCAAUGCCUGGUGUUGCAUGCUGGCGAACCCGCAGAACCUGGACAUCGGGGCCCUGAUCCAGUCGCCACGGAGUUCUCCCUUUGCCCAUGCGCUUCGGGCCUCGUCGCAGGUCUUGGUGGUGCCAAAUCGCCAUGCCUCCAUCUAUACCAGGCUCUGGUGUGCUUACGAAGGGUACCUGGCUCAGGAGCAAGGGAAGAUGGUCUUUGUUGCCAGACCCUCCACUGAGCCAGAAUUGCUCAGAGCAAUGCUGGACAUGUGCUUCGCUGCAUUCCUUGGCACCUUCCUCGGCUGUGUGAUGGCCGCAGGGCCCUGGAGCGUGGCGUUGUGCCUGGUGCUUCUCCACAGCGCCGCGCUGCUCGGGUUGUGGAGUAUGGCCGCAGAGAGCCAUGCACAGAAGCACUGCGUAAACCUGGUGGGCCAGUUCUUGUCUUGCUUUGCCUUCUUUCAUUGGGGUCCAGGCGUCGCAAGAGGCGACGCAACGCAGAUGGGCUCCCUCCUAAGCGGUGUGCCGCCCAAAUUGAUGCCUCUCAUCCCUUGCUGGAUCCAGGAGAUCGUCCACUACUCUUUCACCUUCUUCUGGCUGGAAGCUCGGCGAAGCUCUUCAAGAUUCUUCAUGGAUUUGGACCGCGUGACGUGCAUCUGCGGAGUGCUCGAGGCACAGCAACUUGCCAAAGGAUACCAGGGCUCCAUCGUGUAUGCGAAGUGCGCGCAGCCGGAAGACGAAGCGAACAUCCGCGGAGAGAUAGGCGACAGGAUGCAAUCAGUGGACGCCUGCAUUGAGGUGCUGCUGCUGGCUGGAAUGUCGAGCCCCGCUCUACGUGAGCUGGCGCUUGCCGGGAUCGACAUCGAACAUGCCGGUCGUGCUUCCGUCGUUCUGCCGGUUGUCUAUCUAUUCAUUAUGAAUAUUCUUGCGGUCGUUAUUGCUCUUCACGCUCCGGCCCAGCAUGACUGGCACGUGAUUCCGGAGAAAUGUGUAUUCAUCUGCUCUCGUUUGGGCAUGCUGGUCGGAAUCGCACGGAGUCCUCCCGACCACAGGGCCUUCGUCCUGCACGUCAUGACAAAGUGCGCAGCGAUUUACAACGUUGCUGGCGCGAUAGGGAUCCUGUGGCAAGUCACCUUGCACCCGGGCGGAACGCUUCCGCGAGGGCCGUGGCGGCUUUUCACGUUCAGCUGGCACGCCGGCGAGCUUCUGCUACUCUUCCUGGGCAUUACAGGUACGGCGCGGCUUCCUUGGGGCAGCUACUUGCUGCAGUUUUUCUUCGCCCGAAGCCUUGGGCAGCUGACGGCCGGAAGGGUAAGUUGUUCCUGCCAGUCUGGUAGCGAAACAGACUCCGGCGAGCUGUUGAGUGACGACAGCGCGGAAGCCUCAGGGGAGAGUUGA